CAGCAUAUAUAUAUAUAUGUAAAAACAUGGAAAGAUUAAAAAUAAAUCAAGAUAGCCAUGUAACCGCCGUUCAAAGUAUCGUACACUACUUAUCCGACCAGUGGACGACAGUCCCGUGUUUGAAGCCGCCGGCGAGGGCCGUGUCCCCUUACCGUCCUGGAUAUUGUUGCUGUUCCCGAGCCACGGGUUGUCCCACUGUCCUCCUCGUCGUCGUUGUUGUGCUAGCUACUAUGUAUGUUAUGCAUGUCCUCGUCGAUAUGGUAGUGCUAUUAUUACCCGGGAGCCUCUUUGGUUCUUCUCGCACGCACGUACGGGUAUGUUCAUGCCGGAUUGCCCAGCUGGAUACAUCCCACGCGGCUGACCAGGCGGCAUUUGUAUUUCCUUUCCCUCUUAUUCGCUGUUUAGUUUUUCCUUCCCUCUCCCGUCUGAUGUUACUCCGUUCUCUCGCAGUCGCUCUGCGUUGUCGACGACCUCAGGGGAUCCCGUCGAUCAUGUCAUUGACGACCUGAGAUUACCUUCAUCCCGCAGCGCCGCUAGAAACCUACGCGAUCCAAUGCUACUCCGUCACUUUGC